AUGUUUUCUCAUCCUAGAGCAAUGGGUUUCCCGUCCCUCGCCAUCAUUCUUCUCGUGGUGGCAGUGUCGGGUGACUUUGUGUACGAUGACAAGUUGGGGAGCGGGAAGUCACCAGUGCUUCCGUUGGGAGCGCCUGACCGGUUUGUCCGGGCUGCUUAUGAGAUUACUCGGACGACCACCGGUGCAUUGGGCAAAGUGGGUGGCCAGCACUCCCAGCUGAUCUUGGACUUCGGUGACCAGGAGCCGAUGCUGGCCAUUGACUUGCACACUGUACGUGACCCGAAGAAGCCCGACGUGCGCCUGGACCUGGGAUCCAUCUUCGUUCUCCGCAUCGGCUACGAGGACGUGGAGACGUCGAAGAGGCAAAACUCGGCCAACACCAUGACGAGCGAAGAGCUGGCUGCGGCCAAGGCCAAGAACCCGAGCUUCGCUCCGAAGUCUAUAUACCGGAAGCUGGACCUCGACCACAUCCAUCGAGAGGUGUCGGAGCAAGAGGUCUUCUCCUUCCUGAGGGUCUGGCACAAGCUCUUUGCACACCGCUAUGGCAAGUUCCAGUUCAACUGUCAGGUGAUGAUCGGUGCUGCCUGGUCCUACAUGGAAAACCAUCUGACAGCCCGGAAGGGAGCCAUCACGUGCCCGAACUGCAACCUUUUCAGGCUGCCGACGGUCGACGAGAUUCUUGCCCUUGGGGAGAUGACCCGUGAGCGGCAGCGGGCCUUAGAGAUGGGGUCCGUGGAGCAUCUGGAAGGCCAAGUCGUGGAUACCCUGGACAUCUUGGACGGCCAGUGCGGCUUUCGGGAUCGGCCAUUGGCCACAGCUAACAGCUCGGCUUUCCCAUCUCCACGUUCCCUGCCCUUCACAAAGCACCAACUCGUAGGUGACGGCACGGCAGUCUUCCGUGCCUACACGCUGGGCUUGCACCACAUCGGCUCCAGCUUUGACUUCUCGGAGCACCCAGAGGUCUUCCGCGGAGAGCUCAGCUACAAGAAGCGCGCCUUCACCGCCGCAGAGCACUCACUGCUGUAUCAGGAUGACGCUAACAAGUUGGAGGCUGCCGAAAGCACAAGUGUUAAGGUUGGACCCUUCUCACUUUCACUGAACCUCGGUGGCAGCCUUCUCAAGUUCCUGAUGCAUCUGCCCGGACAUGAGAAGACCUCCGCAACGAUCAACUCGGGCAUGGAGCUGCUAAAGCAAAUGGAUCUAGGCCGCCGUGCUGUGAAGUCUGCCGACGGUCGGGUGAGGUUCAGCGGCCGCCAGCGGUAUACCUAUGCCGUGACCGACACGCGCCUGGAGAUCGCGACUGGUGGUAUGCUCGACACAUUGAAAAUCCCACUGGGUCUCACAGGGCUGUUGUCGAAAAGGAUGAAGUUUGACCUUCUGAGCAAGCACAACAUGCACGCCGGGUCCCGCAAAGACUUGCGUUACGCAGGUGAGAUGGUGGUCGUGAACAAGAACCCAGAACAUGCUGACAACGUCGAGCUUUGGAGUGAAGAUGACGAGUAUGAGAUGGUCUUUGAUAACGGCUCCGGGUCCUACAAGCCGUAUUGGCCGGCACCUGAGUUCGAGGAGCUGCUUCGCUGCAAUAUUCCAGAGAGCGAGAAAUUCUCGAUCCGGGUGAUGCGUGGCUCCUUUGGUGCCAACCAGACCACCCUUGAUGCUUACUGUGACAUCUGGCAUGGAGUGGAUGACAUUCCAGAGGCAGAGGAGUGCAAGCGGUCUCUUGGCUUUGUUGCCGUCCAGCCAGACGUGCACAAGUGCUGUGGCGUUGCGAAGGCGGACAAGGCAAGCGAGGGCAUCUGUGAGUGGAAGUGGCCGGCUGCGGGCACCGAGAACUGCAUCGAGGUGCCUGGCCACUGCUGUCAGGGAGCGGUGGUGAGCGAGGCUUCUUCCUGCAGGGCUGAGCCAGUGUGCCAGGCACAGCUCAUGGAACCACAAACCGGUACGAAGGGCUUCCUGGACAUGGUGGAUGCUGGUGCAAAGAAGUGGUGGGGUGGCCGGCAGGACGAGUGUUCGGCACGGCAGUGGCGCACGCGCAUGUUCGAGUGCCUUGCAAGCCAUGGGGUUGGAAGUCCCCAGAGCGAGCGUGCCCAGCUAUGGCUGGUGCUUGUGAAGAGCUACUUCGAGAGUGAUCCCUCGAAUGAGGCGAAAUGGAAGUCUUACCUUGACAAUCUGCAAAACCGCUUCGGCACGAAGGAGAUCACAUUGCAGCACCUGCAGAAGGGACCCACAAACCUGGGCAAUGAUGAGGUGGUAGCACAGUGUGUCCUGCCAUUUCUCAACAAUGCCUUCUAUUAUGUUCCCAUGAGUCUCAAGCUCUCGAACUUCUUGAAAAUGGGCAUCUAUGACCCCAGCGAGGGCAGAAUGUACGGCGCCAACAUACGAAAACUGAGACUCCAGUACCACCAAUACAUCUUCGACCAUGUCGACUACAAGGGGGAAAGCUACAAGACCGGCCACGAUGGAGAAGAGGGGUGUGGGUCGGCUUUGACGAUUCCCAGGGCCGCUGACGAAUGGGGCAAUGCAAUUGCCUCCCAGGAUGGGCCGGAGACGUCAGAGAGACCAGAGGCUUUCGAGAUCUCGCUCAGCGCAGCCGAGCUCGCAACCUUGGAGCUGACAACUACGCUCGGCACCUUUGAGGUGCAAUGCAGCGCGAUCUUAGCGGGUGCCAGUGGUGGAUCCUCCUUUGACAACUCCCUCGCCGGAUCCAUGGUUCUUGCAGUCAACGGAAGAUCCACCCAUGAGAAGUCGCUUCAUGAGACACAGGAAAUGGUCGCUGCGGGCCUUGAGGCGGGGCACGUGCGCUUGCAGCUCCAGCGCGGCGUCAAUCCGAGCUUCUGCCGCAUGACGUGUCGGGACCGCACCCCGGUCCCGGGCUCCGAGAGUUUCAGCCGGUGCUGGAUGAGCAAAGGGCUCCAAACGUGUGGUCUGUACUGCUGCUGCCCCAGCGGCACUCAGUACACCUCCAGCUUCCUGCUUGAGCGCUGCAGCAGAGGGUCCCAGGAGGGUCCCAGGGGAGGCACAGGCUGGAAGCUCGGAGAAGAAGGGGAGAAGGUUUUCCCGAUGAAGCUCUUCAAGCCCAGCACCCCCGAGCAACAGCUCGGGUCGCUGAGGUCUCAGAAGUGGGAAGUCGAAUGCACGGCCGAACAUGUGCAGCCGAAGCCUGGCUGCAAGCUCGUGGACCCAUGCCGUGUGGAGGGCGCGCAGGAGACGCAGAAGGUGGCGCAGAAGAUCAUCGAGGGCAAGACGCCCACGCCCACGGAGGUGGUGAACUACUUCAAUGGCGAGUUGAAGAAGCGUAUCUGCUUCCUUGAUGGCGGCAUGGGAACCCGCAUCCAGGCAGAGAGUUUGGAGGAGGCGGACUACCGUGGAGACCGGUUCAAGGACUUCAGCGAGAAGGACGCCAAUGGCAUUCCUGUGUCCCUGAAGGGCAACAAUGACCUCCUGAUCUUUAGCAAGCCGGACAUGGUCAAGGACAUCCACAAGGAAUAUUUCAUGGCUGGCUCGGACAUCUGUGAGACCAACACCUUCAACGGCACCACCAUCUCGCAAGGCGAGUACAAGAUGCAGGCCGUUGUGCAUGAGAUGAACAAGGUGGGAGCAGAGCUGGCCAAGAAGGCCGCGGCCGAGGUGACGAAGGAGGAGCCGCACAAGCCCCGGUUCGUGGCUGGGGCGGUUGGACCCACCAGCCGCACGCUGAGCGUGUCGCCCAGUGUGGAGGACCCAUCCUUCCGCAACGUGACCUGGGAUGAGUUGGUUGAUGCCUACAAGCAGCAGGUCAGUGGUCUCGUGGAUGGCGGUGUCGACCUCCUGAUGAUCGAGACGGUCUUCGACACCCAGAACUGUAAGGCCGCCAUCUUUGCGGUGGAUCAGUACUUCCUGGAGACGAAGAAGGAGCGACUCCCCGUGAUGCUCAGCGCCACGAUCGUGGACAACAGUGGCCGCACCCUCUCUGGGCAAACCAUCGAGGCCUUCUACGUGAGCGUGAAGCACGCGCAGCCCUUCACUGUCGGCAUCAACUGUGCCUUGGGCGCUGGCCAGAUGAAGGGCUUCUACAAGAAGCUGGCCGACAUGAACAUGGGCUGGUGCCAUGUCUACCCCAAUGCCGGCUUGCCCAACGCCAUGGGUGGCUACGAUGAGGACCCCGAGAUCUUCUCCACCAACAUCUUGGACUACGCCAAGGAUGGCAUCCUGAACUUUGUCGGGGGCUGCUGCGGCACCUUCCCCUCCCACAUUGCGGCGGUCUGCAAGAAGGUGAAGGACUGCCCGGUGCGCAAGCUGCCGGAGAUUCCCAAGUACCCAACAAUGAUGCUUUCUGGCCUGGAGCCAUGCAGCGUGGACAAGGAGGCGGGCUUCCAGUGGGUCGGUGAGCGUUGCAACCUGAUGGGUUCGGCCAAGUUCAAGAAACUUGUGGAUGCCUACAAGUGGGAUGAGGCAAUGGAGGUUUGCGUCGCCCAGUGCGAGAAGAAGGCAGACAUCCUGGACUUCAAUUUCGACUCCGACCUUAUUGACGGGCAGUCGGCCAUGAGCAAGUUCAUGAGACUCUGCGUCACCGAGCCCACCGUGGCCAAGCUGCCUUUCAUGAUCGACUCCUCAAAGUGGCCUGUGGUCGAGGAGGGCCUGAAGUGUGUGCAGGGCAAGUGCAUCGUGAACUCGAUCUCCCUGAAGGUUGGUGAGGAAGAGUUCCUUCGUCAGGCCAAGCUUUGCAUGCGCUACGGAGCCGCCGUGGUCAUCAUGGCCUUCGAUGAGAAGGGCCAGGCAGCCACGUUCGAGGACAAGGUCCGCAUCUGCCAGCGCAGCUACAGGGUGCUGCGAGAGAACCUGGACUUUCCGCCGGAGGAUGUCAUCUUCGACUGCAACGUGCUGACGAUCGCCACGGGCCUGCCGGAGCACAACUCCUACGCCAUCGACUUCAUCAACGCGGUGGCCGAGAUCAAGCGCACCUGCCCGUGCGUCUCCUUCUCCGGCGGCCUGAGCAACCUGUCUUUCUCCUUCCGCGGCCUCAACUCCCUCCGGGACGCCAUGCACACGGUGUUCUUGCAUUAUGCGAUCCCCAAGGGGUUGAACAUGUCCAUCGUGAACCCGGGUGGUCUUCCCCGCUACGAGGAUAUUGACCCAAAGACGCGAACACUUGCAGAGGAAGUGAUUCUGAACAAGUCAGAGGACGGCAAUCAUGUGGAGCGGUUCCUUGAUUAUGCGGAGCAAGUGAAGAAGCCGCCCGCUCCGGCUCCUGCUGGUCCCGUAUUGAAAAUCGAGAAGUCCUCGCCCGAGCAGCAGAGCGCCUUUCUCCGAUCCCUGAAGGACACGGUGUCCUGUGAGGCCGAACAUGUGCAGCCGAAGCCUGGCUGCAAGCUCGUGGACCCAUGCCGUGUGGAGGGCGCGCAGGAGACGCAGAAGGUGGCGCAGAAGAUCAUCGAGGGCAAGACACCCACGCCAACGGAGGUGGUGAACUACUUCAACGGCGAGUUGAAGAAGCGUAUCUGCUUCCUUGAUGGCGGCAUGGGAACCCGCAUCCAGGCAGAGAGUUUGGAGGAGGCGGACUACCGUGGAGACCGGUUCAAGGACUUCAGCGAGAAGGACGCCAAUGGCAUUCCUGUGUCCCUGAAGGGCAACAAUGACCUCCUGAUCUUUAGCAAGCCGGACAUGGUCAAGGACAUCCACAAGGAAUAUUUCAUGGCUGGCUCGGACAUCUGUGAGACCAACACCUUCAACGGCACCACCAUCUCGCAAGGCGAGUACAAGAUGCAGGCCGUUGUGCAUGAGAUGAACAAGGUGGGAGCAGAGCUGGCCAAGAAGGCCGCGGCCGAGGUGACGAAGGAGGAGCCGCACAAGCCCCGGUUCGUGGCUGGGGCGGUUGGACCCACCAGCCGCACGCUGAGCGUGUCGCCCAGUGUGGAGGACCCAUCCUUCCGCAACGUGACCUGGGAUGAGUUGGUUGAUGCCUACAAGCAGCAGGUCAGUGGUCUCGUGGAUGGCGGUGUCGACCUCCUGAUGAUCGAGACGGUCUUCGACACACAGAACUGUAAGGCCGCCAUCUUUGCGGUGGAUCAGUACUUCCUGGAGACGAAGAAGGAGCGACUCCCCGUGAUGCUCAGCGCCACGAUCGUGGACAACAGUGGCCGCACCCUCUCUGGGCAAACCAUCGAGGCCUUCUACGUGAGCGUGAAGCACGCGCAGCCCUUCACUGUCGGCAUCAACUGUGCCUUGGGCGCUGGCCAGAUGAAGGGCUUCUACAAGAAGCUGGCCGACAUGAACAUGGGCUGGUGCCAUGUCUACCCCAAUGCCGGCUUGCCCAACGCCAUGGGUGGCUACGAUGAGGACCCCGAGAUUUUCUCCACCAACAUCUUGGACUACGCCAAGGAUGGCAUCCUGAACUUUGUCGGGGGCUGCUGCGGCACCUUCCCCUCCCACAUUGCGGCGGUCUGCAAGAAGGUGAAGGACUGCCCGGUGCGCAAGCUGCCGGAGAUUCCCAAGUACCCAACAAUGAUGCUUUCUGGCCUGGAGCCAUGCAGCGUGGACAAGGAGGCGGGCUUCCAGUGGGUCGGUGAGCGUUGCAACCUGAUGGGUUCGGCCAAGUUCAAGAAACUUGUGGAUGCCUACAAGUGGGAUGAGGCAAUGGAGGUUUGCGUCGCCCAGUGCGAGAAGAAGGCAGACAUCCUGGACUUCAAUUUCGACUCCGACCUUAUUGACGGGCAGUCGGCCAUGAGCAAGUUCAUGAGACUCUGCGUCACCGAGCCCACCGUGGCCAAGCUGCCUUUCAUGAUCGACUCCUCAAAGUGGCCUGUGGUCGAGGAGGGCCUGAAGUGUGUGCAGGGCAAGUGCAUCGUGAACUCGAUCUCCCUGAAGGUUGGUGAGGAAGAGUUCCUUCGUCAGGCCAAGCUUUGCAUGCGCUACGGAGCCGCCGUGGUCAUCAUGGCCUUCGAUGAGAAGGGCCAGGCAGCCACGUUCGAGGACAAGGUCCGCAUCUGCCAGCGCAGCUACAGGGUGCUGCGAGAGAACCUGGACUUUCCGCCGGAGGAUGUCAUCUUCGACUGCAACGUGCUGACGAUCGCUACGGGCCUGCCGGAGCACAACUCCUACGCCAUCGACUUCAUCAACGCGGUGGCCGAGAUCAAGCGCACCUGCCCGUGCGUCUCCUUCUCCGGCGGCCUGAGCAACCUGUCUUUCUCCUUCCGCGGCCUCAACUCCCUCCGGGACGCCAUGCACAGCGUGUUCCUUUACCAUGCGAUCCCCAAGGGAUUGAACAUGUCCAUCGUGAACCCGGGAGGCCAGUGGCAGCAAGUGCACGUGGCAAAACAACUCGCCCAGAGUGCCCUGUCCUGUCCAGGCCUGCCCCGAUACGACGACAUCGAUGCCCACUCUCGCAAGUUGGCGGAGGAGGUGAUCCUGAACCAAUCGGCGGAUGGCAAGCAUGUCGAGCGCUUCCUGGAGUACGCAGAGGCAGUGCGCCAGCCCGCCCCAGCCGCUUCCACCGGUGGGGCGGCUCCCGCUAAGGACGCCUGGCGCAGCGGCACUUAUACGGAGCGCCUUCACCACGGGCUGAUCAACGGCAUUGACAAGUUCAUUGAGCAGGAUACCGAGGAGGCGCGGGCAGCCCUCAACGUCCCGCUGCACGUCAUCGAGGGGCCACUGAUGCAAGGCAUGGGCAUCAUCGGAGACCUGUUUGGGUCAGGCAAGAUGUUCUUGCCGCAGGUCAUCAAGAGCGCGCGAGUCAUGAAGAAGGCUGUAGCCUACCUCACUCCCUUCAUGGAAGAAGAGAGGCGUGCAGCCGCCAUUGCAGCGGGCGAGGACCCCAACCAGCCCAAGUACAACGGAACCGUGCUGAUGGCAACCGUGAAGGGAGAUGUGCACGACAUUGGCAAGAACAUCGUGGGAGUUGUCCUGGGCUGCAACAACUAUAAGGUGAUUGACAUGGGCGUGAUGGUGCCUUGCGAGAACAUCCUGGACAAAGCCGUCGAGGAGAAGGUGGACGUCAUCGGACUCUCGGGGCUGAUCACGCCGUCCUUGGAUGAGAUGGUCUACGUGGCUGAGCAGAUGAAGGCUCGCGGCAUGAAGUUGCCUUUGAUGAUCGGCGGUGCCACCACGUCGAAGCGACACACGGCGGUGAAGAUCACCACGAAGUACGAGAACGGCGUCAUUCACGUCUUGGAUGCAAGCAGAAGCUGCACGGUGGUCAGCGCACUGCUGUCCGCCGACAAGCAGACGUACAUCGACGAGAUCAAGGAGGAGUACGCUGAGAUCAGGGAGGAGUACUACAACACCUUGAUCGACAAGAAGUGGAAGACGCUGGCUGAGGCACAGAAAAAGAAGCCCCAGCUCGACUGGAGCAAGCUGCCGCCGAAGCCGAAGUUCGUCGGCAACAUGUGCCUCAAGGACCAUCCCAUUGAUGAAAUCAUGGAGUACAUCGACUGGACUCCCUUCUUCCAGGUGUACCAGCUGCGAGGCAAGUACCCCAACCGCGACUACCCUCACAUCUUCAAGGACGAGCGCGUGGGCCCCGAAGCAAAGAAGCUCUUUCAGGAGGCGAAGGACAUGUUGGCGUGGAUUGUCAAGGAGGGGCUUCUGAAGUGUUCAGGCGUGGUGGGAAUCCAUCCUGCCAAUGCCGUCGGUGACGACAUCGAGGUCUACACGAACGAGAACCGCGACACCGUGAAAUGCAAGUUCUAUGGGCUUCGCCAGCAGCUGGACAUGGGCGAGUCCACAUACUGGUGCCAGGGUGACUUCAUUGCCCCAAAGGAUGUAGCCCCGGACUACAUCGCUGCCUUCGCCUGCACGGGCGGCAUCGGAUGCCACGAGCAACGCCAGAAGUUCGAGGAGAAGGGUGAGAUUGACCAGGCGAUCUUGCUGGAGGCCGUGGCAGACAGGCUUGCGGAGGCCUUCAGUGAGCUCAUCCACCUGAAGAUCCGAACCACUCUCUGGGGCUACUCGCCAGACGAGAAGCUGUCUUUGUCGGACAUGCUGAAGGUGAAGUAUCAGGGCAUUCGCCCUGCCCCGGGAUAUCCGUCCCAGCCUGACCACCGAGAAAAGAAGACGCUGUGGGACCUUCUGGAAGUGGACAGGCUGACUGAUGAGAAGAUCUCCCUGACGGAGUCCUACAUGAUGAUGCCGAGCGCAUCCGUGUCGGCUCUGGUGUUUGCCCACCCACAGGCCAAGUACUUCUCGGUGGGCCAGGUCAAUGUUGACCAGGUGCAGCGCGGAGCUCAAGAGCACGAGAGAAUGAAGGCAUGGGCAGCGCGGGUGAAGCCGCCGUGCCUCUCAGUGCACGAGCGAUGCCCCGAAACGGAGCCCUUUGAGGUCCUACUCCCAGCGACGCGGCGAGACCGGCGUGGAGGCGCUGACUUGAUGGUCGCUCGAACGUUUCCCUUCCAUCUCGAUGUUUGCCUUUGCCAUCCUCCACCCCCGACAGCGAAGAUCAGAGCAGUGAUCUGA